UCCAAAACUCAACAUCCAUGGCUACCCCCUCAUCUCCCCCACGCCCACCACCCCUCCUCCUCCCACCCCCAGAAUCAACCCAACCCCAAAUCCCAUCACCCCAAAAGAAAACUCAACCAAUCCCAUGGACACAUCAAGAAACCUUCAAUUUAAUCCAAUCUUAUCAAGAAAAAUGGUACUCUUUAAAAAAAGGUCAACUCAAAGCUAGCCAAUGGGAAGAAGUUGCCAUUACAGUUGCCGCUCGUUGUGGUUUCGAUGAACCAUCAAAAUCAGCAACGCAAUGUCGUCACAAAAUCGAAAAGCUUCGUAAACGUUAUCGGGCUGAAAGACUCAAACCAUACCCAAAUUCUUGGCAGUAUUUUGAUUUGAUGGAUCAUAUGGAACGUGGGCCUUUACCCAUUGCAGCUCAUCCUGUUGCUAUGGUGAAAUGUUCGAAUUCGGGUGGUGAUCAGAGGUAUUAUGAUACUGAUAAUAGUGAUGAAGUUGAUGUUAGUUAUAUGGAUUUGAGGAGGAAUAAUACUAAGUGUAGAAGUAUUAAUCAUAUGAUGGGUGUGAAUGUGAAUGUUGGUGGUGGUGGUGAUAAUAGAAAUGUUAUGAAUAGGAUGGUGAAAGAUCGAAACUUUAUGAGGAAUUCGAUCAACAACAACAUCCCCAGUGCGAUUCCACAAGUGGGGUCUGUGAGGUUUGGGGAGGGUAGGAUGUUUGCAGACUUUACUCCUACCUUUGUAGGUAGGAACUCGAUGAACGAGAAGAGAAAAGGGUAUUUUGGGAAUGUGGGUGUUAAUGACGAGGACGAUGAUGAUGACGUUGAGGAAGAAGUGGAUGAAGAGGAAAACGAAGACGAAGAGGACGGAGAAGGAAGUGUUGGAGGGAGUGAAUUGGCUGCGGAGAUAAGGAGAUUUGCGGAGAGAUUUAUGAGAAUGGAGCAUAAGAAAAUCGAGAUGAUGAAGGAGACGGAGAGGUAUAGAAUGGAAAUGGAGAAAAGGAGAAUGGAUAUGAUUCUUGAGACACAGAGGAGUCUGAUUGAUAGGAUUAAUAGCGUCGUUGGAUCGCAUAAGAAAGUGAAGGUAGCUCACGAAUUUUGAACAUUUCUUGGAAUGGAAAGAAGUGCUUUGAUGCUAAAAGAACACGAGGUUCCAUUCAAGCUUUACGCCUUUUUAAAUUUGUUUCCAAGUAAAUUUGUUCUCAUUUAUGGGGCAUUUUAAUCCAUCUAACAUUUGUUAGGAAUAAUUACCAUUUCUGUUGCUUCUAUUAGUAGAUAUGUAAAUUUGUUCUGUGCUGGAUUUGAGCUAAUCAAACAAAUUCAGAGUACUCUUAGUUGGUUGGUUGUUCAACAUCAACAAUGCAAUAAGAUGAAUCCUUUUCAGUUGUAAACUUA